AGCAGGCAGGCAUGGAGGAGGAGAUGGAUGCACUGCUAGUGAACGUCGCUCAGCGAUCUGGAGGCAUAGAGCCCAUGCUUCACUCCAUCUUCUCGUUCCUCAAGAGGCGGACAGACUUUUACCACAUACAAAAACCUGGUGACAAGAUAGGAUUCCCUGCAGGUGUUGCAAAGCGGAUGGUUUUACAGGCUUUCAAGCACUUUGAAGAUGAUACGGAACUCUGUUCACCUAACAAGGAGGAACUUGAAUCUCGUGGGGAAAGAAUUCAAAACAAUCCAACGUCAGGAUCUUUGAGCGCUGCAAGGUCAGAAGCGAAAACUACUCCAAAGCCAACAACAGCGACCACACCUAAAACAUCGGAUAUGCCAAAAGUAGAAGAGACCAACGAUACAAAAUCCAGCUUUGUUUGCUACAAUGGUGGAGAAUGCGAGCGAUACAAGUGGUCGCAAACCUUAGAUGAGAUUGUUCUCUAUGUAGACUGCUCGAAAUCCGGUGGGAAAUUGAAGGCGAAGGAGCUAGAUUGCAAGUUUGGGAAGAAAAACGUUUCUAUUUCUCUUCGUCAAGGGAAUUCAUUGCCAAUACUGGAUGGGGAGCUCUUUGAAGAAGUAAAACACGAAGACGUGGUUUGGCAUCUAGAAGAAUCAAGAUUUUUGACAAUUAAUCUGGAAAAGAAGAAGAAGACUUGGUGGAAAUGUGCAUUGGUAGGAGACCGAGAAAUUGACACUCAACGUGUGGAUUCGACUUGUAAAAUCGACGACUAUGACGAACCGACGCAAGCUGCCAUUCAGAAACUUAUGUUCGACCAACAACAGAAAAUGCAGGGGCUUCCUACAAGCGACGAGCUCAAACAGCAAGAAAUCCUAAAGAAGGCAUGGAAUGCCGAAGGAUUAGGAGUGGGCAUGGGUGACGAACGUGAUCCGUCUAGCUAA